CCAACACCAUUAAAACCACCAGUAACUUGUUCAGGAACUUAACUUACCUUCAACCAUGGCUUCGAACUCCGUCACAAGAAGCUCCGGCUCAGAGCUCCUCCAUGAUUUGGAAGCCAUGAACCAGUCCCUCUCCCAACUGCCCAUUGCUCGCCGACGCACUAAUUCUCUUACCCUCCCAACCUCGAAUCUCUCUGUCGAUCCGGCCAGCUGUAUUUCUCUUUCCCAAUGGCAGAAUCCACAAGUUCUUCAAAACAGUCAAGCCUCUCUAUCUGCAGAGCAGAAGAGAGGCAUCAGGAACUGGAAGCCGAUUCGGAUGUUAACCCAUAUUGGAAUGCGGCGAAUCAGCUGCCUUUUCGUGGUUGAGGUCCUCGACAUUCGCAACCUCCCGGAAUCCAUGAAUGGGCUCCGCCUCUCCGUUGGUAUUCGAAAGAGAGAAUCGAGGGAUGGAGCGGUGCGCGCUAUGCCCAGCCGAGUUCUUCAAGGUUGUGCUGAGUUUGAGGAGACCCUCUUCAUACAAUGCAAUGUUCAUUGCAGUGGUGGCGCGGCCACGAGGAAGCCGAUCAAGCUCGAGGCCCGCCCGUUCCUAAUUUCGGUUGUCGCCGUUGAUGUGGCGGAGCUUGAGCUUGGAAGGACCAUUGUCGACCUGAGCCAACUCAUCAGGGAGUCCAUAGAGGGGAGCUUAGAGGGAGCCAGAAUUCGGAAGUGGGAUGCGGCGGUCGAGCUUACGGGGAAGGCAGAGGGAGGUAAAUUGGCUCUCAGAGUAGGUUUUCAGAUCAUGGAUGAUGGAGGAGUUGGAAUUUAUAACAGGGUGACUGAGACGGAAAGGUUGAAAAAUAAAGGAUUGCUGAGUUUUUCUUCUGGAAGAGCCAUAAGGAAGUCCAUGAACUCAUUCAGUAUCUCAACUCUGGACUCUAGGGUAAAUAAAAUGUCCAUUUUCGAGCAAGCGGAUGUCGAAAAUUUUGAUUUUCCAGAGUUUCAGAUAGUUGACAAGGGAACCGAGCUAUGGGUUGGAGCAGUAGACGAUAAUGAAGCAGAAAAAAGGUCACCAACAGGUGAAGUUGUGAAGGAAGUAGUUCAUAACCGAGCCGAGAAGCAAUUUCGGUUGAUGGAGCUUGAUUCAAUUGCUAAUGACAUUAAGGAUCUCGAGUCUAUGAUGAGCAAGAAUUUGAUCAUUACGACGAGCACGGAAGAAAAAGAUGAGAAGAACAAGCUUGAUGACAGUGAGGAGACUGUGACAAGAGAGUUCCUUCAAAUGCUUGAUGAAAAAGCUAACAACAAGCAGCUGGAGGUUGGAAAGAUACCUGAAAAAGAUGAAAAUCAAGAGACAAAGGUUCUACUUCCUGAUCUUGGCAAUGGUUUGGGUCCUGUAAUUCAGACAAAGGAUGGAGGUUUCAUGGCAUCAAUGAAUCCAUUCAACCAAUUAAUAACUAGAAAAGAGACACCAAAACUUGUACUGCAAAUCUCAAAGGCUUUCGUCCUCCGAGACCCAAGGCUUUCCAGUGGAUUGGAAGUUUUCCAGAGGUUGGCUGCCGUGGGUCUUGAAGAGCUGUGCUCCAAACUGAUCUUAAUGGCAGCCAUGGAUGAGUUGCUGGGUAAAACCGCUGAGCAAAUAGCUUUUGAAGGUAUUGCAUCUGCCAUUAUAAGUGGAAGGAACAAGGAAGGCGGAAGCUCUAGCGCAGCAAAGUCAAUUGGUGCAGUCAAGAGAAUGAUUUCAGCAAUGAGCGAAGACAUGAAAGGAAGGAGCUUGAAUGAGAACUGGAGCAUUAAAGAGAAUUCAAUAUUGCUUGAGGAGAUUCUAGCCUUCUCAAUUCAGAGGAUACAGGAAAUGGCGCUUGAAGCUCUUAAGGUCCAAGCAGAUAUGGCUGAGGAGGAAGCUACUUAUGAUGUAUUGCCACUUUCAGGAACAGAUAAUCCCCAACAAAUAUUGGAUUCAGCCAUUUCCAUUGAUGAAGAUGAGAAAACUUCUGACGAAUAUCAGAGACUAACACUACUAGCGAUCAUUCAGUUGAGAGAUCCUGCAAGACAAUAUGAGGCUGUUGGUGCUCCAGUUAUUGCUCUAAUACAAGCCAUCAGACCAAAUGAAGAUACAGAAGAUGACGAAGAAACAAGAUAUAAAGUGAUUAGCAUCCAUGUAGGAGGCUUGAAGGUGAGGUCUGGAGGGAAGAGGAUUACUUGGGAUGGGGAGAAGAGCAGGUUAACUGCAACUCAAUGGCUGGUGGCCAAUGGGUUGGGGAAGCUGGGAAAGAAGAGUAAGCCUAUUAUCAAGUUGCAGCAGGAUCUGUUAUGGAGCUUAUCAUCAAGAGUAAUGGAGGAUAUGUGGCUGGGGCCAAUGAGAAAUCCUGAUGUAAAGCUGGUUAAGCAGUAGAGUGUGAGGUGAUUAUGCUUAUAUAUAAUCUGUUUUAUUAGUGUGCAAAAGAUAAGCUUAGCUUUUAGUACUGUGAUGGAUGUAAUAUAUUUUGAUAUCGUUUGUGAUUUUGUUUCAACAUGGAGUCAGAUAAUUAGCUUUUACAAUUGUGGACUGCAUAUGUUUUGCCUGUUUUAAGUAAUAUUAAGUUGAUCACAACCUCUUAUUUUAUGAAACUAGAGCUAUCAAUAAAAAUGUGAUGAAAGAAUGUUCAUUGGCU